ACAAAGUCAAAUAAGCAAUAAGAUGUUCAAAACAACACAUAUUCUACAGAAACACUAAAAUGGGAGGAUUGUGCUGUUGUAUGAAGAAAAAGAAGAAUCUUGUUUGUUUACCGAUUCCACCUGAAGUGCUGCCAGCAGAUGCAAGUUUGGUGCCUGCCCCCAUUUUGGGAGACCAGAAGAAGAAAGACAGGAAUCAAAUCCAAUGUGAUUUGGUUUUCCUUCCUUCUUCCUCUUUGGAGCCAUCUUUGACACCACUUGCCCUGCUAUCUGGCGGAACUCCACCCCUCUCAAACCCUGGAUCCCCUGCCAAAUCACCCUCCAAUCUGUCCUCCAGAGUCAUCUCAAUCUCCUCCUUCCACCUGUCUUCAGAGGAAGGAUCACAGCCCUCUCCCCCUGUGAGAGAGUCUUGUGUUUCCCUGACUGACUCCACCCUUUCAUCUUCAUACUCCACCCAGACAUCUUCUAAUCCCACCCAGUCUUCCUCUGAUCCCCCCUUUUCAUCAUCUGACUCCACCCACUCAUCUCCUGCCACUCCCCCUGGUCUUCCCUGCCCUUCCUCCCCAGUACACCUAUCCCCUUCUGCCCCCCGGUGCUGUUCUCCCAAGCCCCUGGACCACCAUGGAGAGACCUUGAAAGACAUUGAGAACACCAGCCAUCUGAAGAGCUUCCCAGUCAAAGUGGUGGGAGCAGUUCUUACACAGGAGAAGACAGUGGUGCCUCAAAUUGUUGCACCUGCUGAGGCCUCCAUUGACCAGAGAGCCUCCUCUGUCUCCCUGGAAAGAUCUGGGGGCCCCCUGGCCCAUCUCUUCAUCCUCUUCAACAGGAGGGGCCCCCAGAUAGAGAGGCAAAGAUGCACAGGCGAUGUCAAAGACAACACCAAGCUCCUUGGGUUGCCCAACAUCGGAAACACCUGUUUUAUGAACUCUGCUCUGCAGUGCCUGUUGGAACUGCCUGCAUUCUGCAGAGUCAUCCUAAGACAGCAGGACAUCUGGAGUUCCUACCCCUCUUCUAAACUGCUCCGCUGUUUUGCUGAAUUACAGACUGCAAGGCUUCCUGAAGGCCCAUCUAAAUCUAGGACAAGGGAAAAGAAGAAAAUCCUUAAAACUGUCAAAAGCUGCCUGUCCAUUGGCCACCAGGACUAUCAGGAGAACGAUGAACAGGAUGCCCAUGAAUUUUUGGUCCACCUCCUGUGUCAGCUGAAGGAGGAGGGUAUGGCACUGAAGGACUCACCAGAACCAUACAUCUGUCCGGUGAAGCAGCUGGAAUUCACACUGAACACUACGCGUACCUGUACCAGCUGUGGAACUGUAGUUUUUGGUCAGGAGAAAUACAACCACCUGUCACUAAGUCUAAGCGCUCACCUGAGACAUAGCCUGGAACACUACUUCAUGCCGUCUUCAUUGGAAUGUAAAUGCUGGGACUGUUCAGGCAGCAUGGCAUCUGUGUCCACCCACUUCCUGACACUGCCUCGGGUCCUAAUGCUUCAUGUGAAGCGGUUUUGUGCAGAUGACUGGGAGCCAAAGAAGGUAGAGGACCCCAUGUUUAUCCCAGAAGAACUUACUCUCCAGGGCCUUUGUGGGGAAACUGUCCAGCCUGGUGACAGUACCAUCGAUUCACAAAGGGUGAGGUCACUGGGAAACAACAGCGUGGUCAACACUCCACCAAACUGCCCUUCUAGUUCAGGUAUGACAUUGUGUUUCUAA